AAACACAAACCAUGUCCUCCACAGGCCCUCUCCUCAGCGACCUCUGCGCAAUCUGGUCCCCACACCUCCCCCCGAAAUACCGCUGUCCGCGCUGUCUCGUGCGCACCUGCUCGCUGCCCUGCACACGCAAACACAAGAAAUGGUCGCAAUGCACCGGGCAGCGCGACCCGGCCGCAUACUUAGCCCGUCCUCAGCUCGCGACCCCCGAUGCGCUGGAUCGCGAUUUCAAUUUUAUCACCGGUAUCGAGCGGUCCCUCGAGCGCGCCGAGCGGGAGGCGGAACGGAGGGGGAUCGAGUUGGAGCAUGAGUAUAUGCUCGCGCAGGAUGGAAAGAGGAAAAGGAGCAACAACAACAAUAAUAAUAAUAAGGGCGGGAGGCUGGUUAAAGGCGAAGCGGCGUUUUUAAAGGCUGUCCAGAUGGCGGGCGUCAAACUCGUUAGGGCGCCGAGGGGGUUGAGUCGGCGGAAGGACAAUGCGUCGCGGGUGCAUCAGAAGCACAAGUGUUUGAAUUGGACGGUGGAAUGGAUCUCAGCAACGAAAGAGAGGGUUCUACAGAAUUGUCUCGAAACGACGCCGCUCGAUCAAGCCUACACUCGAGUCUUUCCAGCUGUGAAAGAGGAGGGCGAGCGUUAUUUUUACCUCCAUCGCCAAUCUACCCCCACCCCUCGCCAAGUCGUUCUCGUCCCGUUGGAGCGGGAAAGUACGUUAUCGGAUGUCCUGCGUGGGAGAACGGUGUUGGAGUUUCCGACAGUGUAUGUUUUGGAUAAACCCGCGCAGAGGAUAGACGAGGAGGAAGGAUUUGUGCUUGAGGAGGUGUAUCUGCGAGAGAAUCCGGAUUUGAAGAGUGAGGACGAGGUGGAUGUGGAAGAGGUGGAUUAUACGAGUAGUGAGGGAUCGUCGAUGUCGUCAACUUCAGAUGAGGAUAGCGAGGACGGCAAGGAUAGUGCGGGAGAUGAAGGGAGUGAAGACGAGGAUGAAGGUGAAAGUCGCGUUACGGUCCAAACAGAUGAAUAGACAGGUAUCUUGUAUAUGUAUUAUACGUGUAUUUAUUAUCAACACAGAAAGUUCUGAUGUAGAGUUGGGUAUCAAUUGAUGAGAAUGACAUUCUAGACCGAUA